AUGUCCCUCCAUGACUUCGGCACCCUACCCCCGGGCGUCUCAACGCCGGCGCCGACCCCCUUUACCAUCAACAUCCCCAAGACCCAGCAAGAACGACUCGCCAAUCUGAUCAAUGACGCCGAGAUCGCGGCACCCUCGUUCUACAACACCCAUACCGACGCCACCGAUGUGUCUACCUCGGUCGGCGUGUCGCGCGACUGGUUGGUGAAUGCACGGGAAGUCUGGGCUGGUCGGGACAGUAACAAUACCAGUGAGGGCAGAUACUCAUGGGAAGAAGAACAGAAAAAGUUCAACCGGUACCCGCAGUUCACGGCAGAUGUCAAUGUUGAACAUACCACGGGAGAAAAGACAGAAAAAGAAACCUUCCACCUCCACUUCGCCGCUCUCUUCUCCCGUUCCCCCACCGCCACCCCCAUCCUCCUCCUCCACGGCUGGCCCGGCGCUUGGUUCGAAUUCGCGCCUGCCCUCGACCGUCUGGCGGCUCAAUACACCCCCGAGACGCUCCCCUACCAUGUCGUCGUGCCGAGCCUGCCCGACUUUGGCUUCUCGACGCGUGAAGGGGUGAGCGAACGGGAGUUGAGCCGGGAACUUGCGGCCGCCGCGUUGGAUGGGCUGAUGAAGGGGUUGGGGCUGGGAGAUGGGUAUGUGGUGCAAGGCGGGGAUCUUGGGGCGAUUAUCGGGCCGUUGGUGGCUGCGCAGUCGGAAGGGUGCAAAGCGCUUCAUGUGAAUUUCUCGUUUCUGACCCCAGAGCAGCGUGAGUCUGUCGCCAAAUUCACCGUCAAGCCCGAGGAACAGGCGCUCGUAGCUAGAGCAGCCGUCUGGGGCGGGAGAGGCAGAGCGUAUGCCACCAUGCACUCAACCCGACCGUCUACGAUUGCCCUUGUUCUGGGCACAAACCCGCUGGCGAUGCUGGCUUGGAUGGGUGAGAAGUUCCAAGAGUGGAGCGAUAGCCGUUAUCCGGUCCCGCUCAACACCGUCUUGUCCGUGGUGUCCUACUACUGGUACACCAACUCGUUCGGGCGCGCUAUAUGGGCAUACAGCCCCAAUGGAACGAUCUUCCCAUCCGUGCCCUCGACGAAGCCGUUCGGGUACUCGUCGUACCCGUCCGAGAUUAUGGCGCUCCCACGGUCGUGGGCUGAGAAGCUGUUCCCGACCCUUGUGUUGUACAAGCAACACGAUAAGGGCGGUCACUUCGCGGCACUGGAGCAACCCGAGCUAUUUCUGCAGGAUCUUGAGGAGUUUAUCGCGCUCAUCUAG